CCGCCCUGACCGAGCCGGGCCGCGCAGGCGCCGGGACGGCCCCCACAGCGCUGCUGGGAGGCGCAGUGCGGUGUGUGGAGCGUAGGAGGGGCUGUGAGCAUGGCGGGCGGCGGGGCGGAGCGGCCGCUGUGCGCAUCCGUGCUGAUGGCGGUGCUGGUGCUGGCGGGGCUGGCUGCGGCCGAGCGGGAGCUGCGCUUCAAGGCGCCGCCGCGCACCGAGGUGCCGGUGCGGCUGUUCACCGAGCACGAGCUGGCCAGAUACGACGGGCAGCAGGAAGGACAGCCCAUUUACCUGGCAGUGAAGGGGGUAGUAUUUGAUGUCACCUCUGGAAAAGAAUUCUAUGGAAAAGGAGCCCCAUACAAUGCUUUGGUUGGGAAAGAUUCAACAAGGGGAGUUGCAAAGAUGUCUCUGGAUCCAGCGGAUCUUACUCAUGACAUAACAGGACUCACAGAAGAGGAACUGAAGUCACUGGAUGAGGUCUUCAAUAAUGUUUACAAAGCCAAAUAUCCAAUUGUUGGCUAUACAUCUCGAAGAAUUCUGAAUGAGGAUGGCAGCCCCAAUCUAGAAUUUAAGCCUGAAGAUCAGCCACACUUCAACAUUAGAGAUGAAUUUUGAUAAAUGUUUUUGUACCUGGAAAAUGCCUGGGGACAAGCAUGAGAUACUUUCCUGAAAGGCAAAACACAAUGUACUGUAUAUGUGUGUACACAUCUAUAUUGCCUAAACCGAAAGCUGAUUGCUGAUAGCUAGUUUUUGUAACAAAUUCCUGAAAAUAUGAAAGAAAACAGUAUUAGUGGCAUAUACACAGGAUCUUUGCUCUGAAUGAUGGGAAUUUUUGGAUGUUUUUGAAUGUUCUUUCUGCCUGUAUUUCUUUGUUUGCAAGUACAUUACGUAAAAUUACAUUUCUUAGCAGAAAAAGAAAGCCUUUAAGGGUUGAAACAUGAAUGGUCUUUUUGUGAAUCCCAAAUUGCUUUUCAUUCUUUGGAAAAGUAAUGAAUUAUCUGGAUGAGCUAACAUCAAUUCUCUGCUUCAUGUGAGUAUUGGCCCCCUGUGUAUAAGGAGGUGUAAUGGAUGCUUGUACUUGAAAAGGCAUCGUGGCUUUACUGUUUGAUAGGUUUGAGAACACUGGAUAUAAAAACACUUGCUCUCAAAACAUAGUUACAGUAGAAUAUUUGUGUAAAGCCUACAGGAAAAAUAGGUGUUUUCACGAGAACUACUGUGAUACUCUAUUAUUAUUAUUAUUAUGAUUUUGAAAAAGCAAGUCAAGUAUAUCAUCUAUAUUAGAUCAAUAUGAUUUCCUUUUAGCUUCCUCCACUCUUUCUCUGGGGCAAAAAGAAAAGGAAAUCACCUUCUGUUUACCACAUACUCUUGCAGCUGUUUGUUACAGUGUUUUAGAAUCCUACGUAUAUUCGUAGCAUCUUCAUACUGACAAUUUCAAGUCUCAUUUUUAAUUUCUGUUAGUUUUCCUUUGUUUUUACUCUGUCUUUGUCAUCGUUGUUGUUGCAAUGAGAUAAAGCAUUCAUGUGUUGUUUCUCCUUCUAAUCUAAAAUAAGCCUCCAGGUCCCCAAGGGCAAAAAUGCAGUAAAGCAAGAGGACAGUACAAGUGUGCACUAUAUAAAUUGCUGCUGACCACUGACUCCUAGAGUAAUGAAGAGGAAUGUGAAUUGUCACAUGGAUUUUUUUCAAUCACUGCAGCAGGUUGACUUGUCAUGGUAAAACUGAGCAUCUGCUCCCACUUCCUCAAAGAUAUUUUGUUCUAUUUCUUUAGCAUUUUGGCUGUUGUUUGAAAGAAAUGUAUAUACAUGAUUCUCCACUUUAGGAUUUGGAUGUUGUACUCUGACAAAGGAUCUGCUGGCUGCCAGUUUAAAAAAAAUAAACACUUUUUAUAUAUUUAUUCUUA